GACACUCCUCCCCCACCUAUGACCUCAUCCCCAGAGCGGCCAGUGGGAACCCUAGAGGGUCUGUGAGGUCACCCCAUUCCGCUCCACAAAGACUCCUGACGGACCACAGCCACUGGCUCGUCUCUGUCCUGGGGGAGUUUCUGAGACCCGAGGACUUGAGAGCCGUGGUCACGACGGCGCUCCUGAGAGGGACACGGAGCAUUGGGAACCGAGGACACGCCGGGUGCUGACCCUGGGAGACCAGAACCAGGGGCAGAAGUCUCGUGGGCGUGAGGAGUGUCAUUCAGCAGUUCCGGGAGGUCCAGGAAGCCCACGGCCUGGCUUGGGCACCGUCACCGCCACCAGGCCACCAUGGUCCUUGGCUGGCUGCUGCUUCUGGUGACCGCUCUGCCCCCAGGCACGACGGGCGCCAAGGACUGCGUCUUCUGUGAGCUGACCGACUCCUUGAGCUGCCCCGGUACCCACAUGCGCUGUGACGAUGACGAGGACUGCUUCACGGGCCGUGGGGUGGCGCAGGGUGCCGGCCCCAUCAUCAACAAAGGCUGCACGCGGGCCACUUUGUGCGGCCGCGAGGAGCCCGUCAGCUACAUGGGCAUCACCUACAGCCUUGUCACCAACUGCUGCACCGGCCACCUGUGCAAUGGGGCCCCCAACCCCACAGGCAGCUGGAUGGCGGGGGCCACCACUGGCCUGGUGCUGGGCAUGCUGCUGCUGCUCCAACAUUUGCUGUGACCUACCUGGAAGGCAGGGCUCAAGACUGGUCUCCCGGCUCCACCGCUCCCCGUGCCCCCUGCCUCCACCCUCUUCCCCCAUUAAAUGGCCAGAGGCCCUGGACAACCUCUUGUGGCCCUGGCCUCAUCCAUUCUAGGGUUGUCCACCAGAGCCCAGUGCUUGGCAAAGCAUCCUCUGGCCUGAUUUAGUGGUGGGGACCCGUGCCCAGUGGGUUCGGCUGGAC